AUGGCGUGCUUGGCCACUUUGAAACUGGAAAUAGAGGCCCUCAAGCAGGUGUUCACCAAAAACGAUGAACGGUUCCAGGUUCUUGCUGCAUCGGUGGAUGAGGUGAGUUGCUGUUUUAUUGGCAGCAACGGUGAAAAGUAUGCCAUUCAGGCAAAUAUUGUGGGAUCUUACCCUUCUUCACCACCAAUAUGGUUUGCCGAGAGCGAGGAAGCCAGCAUAACCGACGCUUUGCAAUUGCUCGCAAAUACUAGUGGUCAAAAUAACCAUGUUGUAAAUCAGGUCGAUAUAUUAGUACGUGAACUUUGUAGGAUUCAUGAAAUUCCGCUGCCUUCUGCUUUGGACAGUUUAAAAGCUCAAUUGCAGCCUCAAUCAUCUGGUGCGGGCCCACUUUCUGAGGAGGUAACUAGAGGAGCGAGUCUAGAAAAGAGCGACGAUAGUGAUUCCGAUUAUGACGUUUUGGAGGAUUUGAUGAGUGAAAAUGACACGGAAGGUGAGCAAGAACCAAAACCAGAAACAGAAGUGGAAUACUUUACAAUAUUAAAACGAAUACGCGAUAAACCAACCGACUCUAGUUCGACUGAUUCAGUUUCAAGUUCGGUUCGGCUGAUGAAAGAACUGCGGGAUAUUUAUCAAUCCGAUUCGUACAAAAACAAUAUUUUUUCGGUGGAAUUGGUUGAUGAUUCGCUUUACGAGUGGAAUGUACGACUAAAGUCCGUCGAUCCCGAUAGCCAACUGCAAAAAGAUCUCGUUCUACUGAAAGAACAACAAGGCGAGGAAGGCAUCCUGCUCAACAUUACGUUCAAGAGCACAUAUCCGUUCGAUCCGCCGUUUGUGGGCAUUGUCUAUCCGGCCAUUGCAGGUGGCUAUGUCUUAUUCGGAGGUGCGAUCUGCAUGGAAUUACUCACAAAACAGGGCUGGAGCUCUGCGUACACUAUUGAGGCAGUUAUUUUGCAGAUAGCGGCUGCAAUGGUUACUAAAGAAGCGCGAGUAAACUUUGAAGCUACAAAGAUGCUUUCUAAGAAUCCAUAUAACUUGAAGCGCGCACAGCAGAGUUUCGCGUCGGUGGAGAAAGCCCACGCAAUGCAUGGUUGGGCUACUCUGGGCACGCCGAAAGGAUAA